GUUUCUUUUUUUUUUUUUCAUUUCGUCUAUUGUUCUGUUUUGGGUGUCAGAUGCCAACUUCUAUAAAAAAUGACGGUCCGCCGGACCAUCCGUUGAAUGCCAAGUCCGAGUCCACCGGACUCGGAGCGUGUCCGGUUGUUGCAUCAUAGCCAAUAGUGGAUGUGCAGGUGGGAACACCCGGAGACAAGCUCAUGUAACUACAACAGCGCCAUUAGUAAGAAGGUCGUUUGUAACCCUGGAUAGUGCGCGGUGUGGCGUUCGAUGAGAACUAAGUUGUUAGACCCUCACAUUACUCUUACUCUAUUUACUCAGGCUGCGCUUAGAAAUCUACAUCCGCUUUAUUGACCUCUCUGUAUAAGUAGAAACGACUCCAAUCGCCCAGAGUAAUAUCAAGUUCGAUAAAGGUCUGGCACAACGCAAUUCGAGGACAUUCGACUCGACAUUACGAAAGCCAACAAAGAUGCCUUCCCGUUACCUCAACGCCGAUGAAAGUGAGAUUGUGGAGAUUGCUAACGAACCGGCGAGCGGUAUUCCCUACUUCACCCCCAAGCAGACUCCGACGGCGGGCACCGCUCUCGUGCCCGCGCCCCAAGACCCUCAUACGCCCAAGCUGUUUACGCCGCUGCGUAUUCGAGGAAUUGAGCUCCAGAACAGAAUUCUGCUCUCUCCUCUCUGCCAAUAUUCAGCCGAAGAUGGACAUCACACGGACUGGCACUUUGCUCACCUGGGUGGUAUCAUCUCGCGUGGACCCGGCCUCUCCUUUGUGGAAGCCACUGCGGUCACAGCUAACGGCCGGAUCACCCCGGAGGAUUCAGGCCUCUGGAAAGACUCGCAGAUCGGCCCGUUGAAGAGGAUCGUGGACUUUGCUCAUAGCCAGGGCCAGUUGAUCGGAAUCCAACUCUCGCAUGCGGGCCGGAAAGCGAGCACUGUUGCCCCGUGGUUGAGCAUGAACCGAGGGCCCGGAGCUCCCGUUAAAUCGGUCAAUGGCAUUGACCACGAUGGCUUUGCACCGCGUCAUGGCUGGCCAGACGAUGUGGUUGCCCCGAGUGCGAUCGCCUUCAAGGAUAAGAACAUCAUUCCUCGGGAGUUGUCUCACAACGAGAUACAAUCCUUGGUCGAGGCUUGGGGUGAAGCGGUAAAGAGAGCGGUCCGUGCCGGGUUCGAUGCAAUCGAGAUCCACGGUGCGCAUGGGUACCUUAUUCAUGAAUUCCUCUCCCCCGCAUCCAACAAACGGACAGACGAAUACGGGGGAAGCUUCGAAAACCGAAUUCGCUUGGCCCUCGAGCUAGUUGACAUCUCUCGGCAGCAUAUGACUCCGAACAUGCCUCUCUUCUUCCGCGUGAGUGGUACUGAGUGGCUGGAGCACCUGGAGAGCGAACCCAGCUGGGACGCGAGCCAGACAGUCCGGUUGGCGGAGGUUCUGGUGGAGCACGGGGUGGAUGUCCUCGAUGUAUCCAGCGGAGGGAAUGAUCCCCGGCAGCAGAUCAAGGGGGGCCCCGCCUACCAGUCCCCCUAUGCAUUCCAGGUGAAAGAGGCUCUGGGUGAUCGUCUUCUGGUGGCAUCCGUUGGGGCCAUCACCUCCGGUCCGCAGGCUAAUGACCUCUUGAACGCGGGUCUCGAUAUGGUCCUCAUCGGCCGCAUGUUUCAGAAGAAUCCAGGUCUGGUGUGGACGUUCGCUGAAGAGCUCGAUGUUGAUGUGAAGGCAGCCCAUCAGAUUCACUGGGGGUUCGCUGGAAAGCGCCGUCACCGGUGACUGCUGCUGGCUUAGAGUUGAAGAAAUUAGCAUUCCUUGUUACUAUUCAUGGUUCGUACUUGAUUAGAUAGACCUAAUGCUGCUUGCCAAGGACAAAGAGGUUAGUCGCAAAGUGGCUAUCAAGAUGCUUGCAGUAUUCAACCACAGUUUAACUGUUGCAGAGAGUAUGGCUAGGAAGCGCUCAAGAGGUUCAAAGGAACAACACUGCCGUAUUGUCCUAAUAAUGGACAUUCAAAAGCCUGUCAUGGAGGGCUUUGAGUCAACCUCAAGCAUUAACGACCGAUUUUCGUCGUUCUUCAAAUCCAUACAGGCCCUUCGACGUCAACUUUUGUAUCUAGCUUGCUCAGUCGGCCUAUUACAUGUAGCGAAUAGUUUUGAG